CUUUGAGACGGUUAGUACAGCAAACAGGUGAUAAGAUGAAUGAUAGUAGGUUGUAUUUGAAGAAUAGUUCGUAACUUCAUAGGUAAUAAUCAUAGGUGUACGUAGUUGAACAGAAAAUAGAAACCAUGCCGACAGGGUUAAGUAGCACAGAAAAAGGGAAAAACCAUUCAGAUGAAAGACAUAGCUUCAUUGAUAAUUUAACAGAUAGUCAAAGUGAAAUGAGUAAAACAGCUGAAGAAAUAUCCAUAGGAGACAGCUCAGCAGGAUGGCAGGGUGUGUAUAGGCCAACAACUGUAACAAUAAAAUAUGAACGAAAGAAAGGAUUUAGCAAAUACAAAGAAUCUUUAAAACAUCUUCUACCAGUACGAAUUAGAACAGGACCUGGAACUAUGAUGCCUGUGGACCAGACAGGAUGCAUUGCUUUCUCAUUGUUCUCUUGGAUUACUCCUCUUAUGUGGAGAGCUUUUCGUAGGGGUCUCACUUCUUCAGACAUGUACCAGUGUUCUCCAAUUGAUGGCUCUCGAGCUAAUGGGGCAAGAUUUUCCUCUCAUUGGGAUGAAGAAGUUAAGAUUAAAGGACUCCAUGCAGCUUCACUCUCGAGUGUUAUUUGGAAGUUUAUCAAAACUCGAAUUAUCUUUGCCUGUCUUGCUUAUGUUUGCUGUCUAGGUUUUGGUUUCCUUGGGCCAACAAUAUUUCUACGGAAUCUUUUGGAGAGUAUUGGGUCACAUUUCUAUGAAGAAAAGAUUAAAUGGGUGGUCGGGCUGUUCCUAACAGAGUUCUUCAGAAUCUAUUUUCUAACAUUGUUGUGGGCUAUCAAUACUCGGACUGCACUUCGUGCCUCUGCUGGAGUCAUGACUCUGCUGUAUCGUAAAGUAAUGAGAUUAAGAGUUGUAGCAUGCAAGUCAGCUGGAGAGUUAAUAAACUACUUUGCAAAUGACACCCAGAAAGUCUUUUCAAUGGUCAACCAAGUUCCACUAGUCAUUGGAGGCCCUCUUGUAGUUAUAGGAUCUGUUAUCUACAUAUGGUGUCUGAUAGGACCAUAUGCUCUUAUUAGUGUGGCAGUCUUUAUAUUUACGUAUAGUCUUCAGGUUGGAGUUUCACGCUUGUCAUUGGCUUUCAGAAAAAAAGCCAUUAAAGCCACUGAUGAAAGAGUAUCUUUGGUUGCUGAUCUUUUGACAUACGUGAAACUUAUAAAACUGUAUGCUUGGGAGCACCCAUUUUCAGAGUCUGUUUCAGAUUUGCGAGAUCAAGAGCGAAAUUUGUUGGAAAAAGGCCAUUAUUUACAAGUCUUCAGCACAUCAGUAUCUGUUUUAACACCAGUUUUAGCAAAUAUAUUUACAAUAUUAGCAUACACUAUGACAGCACAUAGUCUUUCUGCAGCUGAGGCUUUCACCAUUGUCAUGGCAAAUUAUAUUGCCAGUCAUGGAAUAAAAACACUACCUAUGUGUAUCAAAGAUAUUGUCAAUGGUAAAGUUGCAAUAAAAAGACUACAGAGCAUUCUUCAGUUAGAAGAAAAAGAGAAUUACAGUACUUUACCCUCAAAUCCUGAAAAUGCAGUUUACAUAUCCAAAGCCACUUUGUCAUGGGAACAAUCAGUACCUUCACUAUCACAUAAAAGCUGUAAACCUACCAAAGGAGAAUUAAAUUUAAGUGUAACUGAUACAGAAAAGGUCCCUCAUCCUGAUCCUGAAGCUUCAGUUGACACAGCCUUAGUUUCUUCCAACUUUUCAACUUCACUCCCAGCACUCCUGGACAUUAGUUUUGUUAUGAAAAGGGGUUCUUUGAUUGGUGUAUGUGGACAAGUAGGUAGUGGGAAGUCUUCUCUGAUUGGGGCACUUCUUGGCCAGAUGCACUUACGUCAUGGUCAAGUGUCGGUAAGAGGGUCACUUGCUUAUGUUCCCCAACACCCUUGGAUUUUAAACAGUUCUAUCCGAGAAAACAUAUUAUUUGGCUUGCCCUUUCAAUCAAAACGGUACUAUGAGGCUGUAUAUUGCUGUAGUCUGACUGAAGAUAUUGCAGCUCUACCUGGAGGGGAUGAAACAGAGGUCGGGGAAAGAGGUGUCACACUUAGUGGAGGACAGAAGCAAAGGAUUAGUCUUGCUCGAGCUCUUUAUUCAGAUGCAGAAUUGUAUUUGUUGGACGAUCCCUUGUCUUGUGUAGAUGCCUCAGUUGCUCGACAUAUCUUUCAGCAUUACAUCAAGGGAGCUUUGCGAGGAAAGAGUGUUAUACUUGUGGCUCACCAGUUGCAAUAUAUCCAAGAAUGUGAUGAGGUGGUUUUAAUGCAUGAAGGGAAGAUCAUUGAACAGGGUACAGAUGGAGAGCUGAAAAAUAAAGAUGGAGAAUAUGCAGCUCUUAUUAAGUCAUAUAUAAAAAGAGAGGACGAACUUGAAGACAGGAAACUGGCAACAGUUGUAAAAGGAUUUAGUCGUUCUGUGGAAGAGUUUGAAACCCGAGCUAAAGUACAAUGCCACAGUAGAAGUACCAGUACCAGCAUUAAUGCCUCUGCAUCUCUGUCUGAUAUAGCUGAAACUAAUCUAGCAGAUGUUAGACUAAUGACUGAGGAAGAGAUCAAACAAGGAGACAUAUCUUUUGACACCUAUAGAAGCUACAUCUUAGCUGCAGGGGGAUACAUUGUCUCCUUCUUGGUUCUCAUAUGGUUCAUUCUUCAAGCUGCAUGCAUAGCAUUUAGCAAUUGGUGGCUUAGUUACUGGCUUUCUCAAGGAAGUGGGAAUUCCAGUAGUAAUGGCGUCAUUACUGAGAAUCCAGAGAUUGAAUUCUACCAGAUGGUCUAUGGUCUGUCUGUCUGUGUCAUGAUUACAAUUGGACUCAUCUUGGGUUACCUCUUUACAAAGACGACUAUGAAAGCAGCAAGCAACCUUCAUGAUAAUGUUUUUAUACGAAUCUUCAGAAGUCCAAUGCAUUUUUUUGACACUAUUCCUUGUGGCCGAAUACUGAAUAUUUUUACCAGGGAUAUAGAUGAAGUUGACUCUCAACUUCCUGUUGUAAUGGAUGCCUUUCUCCAACGAGUAAUGAUCAUUGUUUUCAACCUCCUGCUUGUUGCUUUUGUUUCUCCAUGGUUUCUGGUGGUACUUGCAGUUUUACUGGUAGGAUUUGGUUUACUUCAGCGAAUUUUUCGUGUGGCUCUGAGGGACUUAAAACGCCAAGAGAAUGUUACAAGGUCUCCCAUAUACAGUCACAUCAGUGCAAGUGCUGAUGGUCUUGCUACUAUAUGUGCUUAUCAAAAACAAGAAGACUUUGUUGAAAAAUUUUGUCAACUAGUUGAUACAAAUUCUUCUCCUCUUUACCUAUAUCACUCGUCCAUACGUUGGUUGGGCUGCCGUAUGGAUGGUCUCAGUGUUGUGAUGAUUCUUAUCAUAACUGUGCUGGUUGUGAUCAUUGAGAAAGAAGUUGGAGCUGCAUAUGCUGGCUUAGCCAUUGCUGUUGCUAUGCAGUUGAGUGGGAUGUUCCAGUAUGCUGUGAGAUUGGGCUGCGAUUUAGAGACUCGGUUCACCUCAGUAGAGAGGAUCCAUUCGUACAUUCAAGAGCUAGAAUCUGAAGCUCCUCCAAUAUUAGAAAACAACAGACCAUCUCCAGAUUGGCCUACAAGAGGACGCAUUAGUUUUCGAAGAGUCUGCAUGAGAUAUAGGCCAGGACUUCCACUGGUCUUGAAAGAACUAACAUUUGAUAUUAGUCCUCAAGAAAAGAUAGGGAUUGUAGGAAGAACAGGGGCAGGUAAGUCUUCUAUUGGUGCAGUACUAUUCCGGUUAACCGAACUAACAUCAGGUACCAUUCACAUUGAUGGUGUUGACGUUAGUAAGUUAGGACUAGAAGACUUGAGAUCUAGGAUGUCUGUGAUACCUCAAGACCCAGUACUAUUCCAUGGAACUGUUCGCUAUAAUCUGGACCCAUUUCAAAGGAACACUGAUAAAGAAAUGUGGGAAGCUUUAGAGAAGACUCACAUGAAAGAGAAGGUGUUGUUGCUUGAUGGUGGGCUUGAUGCUUCUGUAGUAGAGCAUGGAGCAAAUUUCUCUGUUGGUGAACGACAACUUUUGUGUAUGGCUCGAGCAUUUCUAAGGUGUACAAAGGUGUUGCUUCUCGAUGAAGCAACAGCUGCUAUUGACUUGGAAACAGACCACUUAAUUCAACAAACCAUCAAAGAGGUGUUUGCAGAAAGCACAGUUUUAAUCAUUGCUCACCGACUUUCGACUGUCCUCAACUGUGACAGAGUUAUGGUACUUCAAGAAGGCAAGAUUGUUGAGUUUGAAGAUCCUUCUGUUCUGUCAAGUAAUCCCCAGUCCAUUUUUACCCAAAUGUUGUCUGACAGAAGUACAUCCAAGUUAUAAGACAGCUGUCAAGUGUUUGCUGCCAGCUCUUGCCAUAGACAACGUGGCUUAGACAGUAUUGGUUUCCAAUAAUAAGCAGAAUUACAUUAGCCUCAGAUAGAACAUGUAGCUUUACAUUAGUUUUCAUCAUAUAAAGAUUUUCACAGGUUUUAUAGUGUGUGUGAUUUUUGUUACAUUGUAGCUAUGCAAAGAUAUUUUGUAGGUUUUAAAAUAUUAACACUACCAUCUUGUAAAUAGACUAGUGUUUCAAAAAAUUAUUUUUAUAUAACUUCCAAUAAGAUAAAAUUGUACCAGAAUUUUGAAAAUGUUCAAUAGUAUAAAAUGUGUAGGCAAAUUAUGUGCUUUUGACCAAGCUAUAUUCAGUCUGUUUGUUUUCUGCGACAUUACAUUUUGUGUUGUUUUUUUUUUCACUAUGUAUCAUCUAAACUUAUAUAAUGUUUAUUAUUUAAGUCUGUUUUGCUUGUACGCAAGUAUUUAUGUAGUUUUUUUUUUACAAACCCAAACUACUUUGAGAUUAAUCAUGCUUUCACAAACAUUCCAGUUAAAAAUUGUAUGCUCCACACAAUAGGAAAUAGUGGAAAAGCUUUUACCUAGUCAUUAUACAAAAUGUAGAAACACGUUUUGUUUUUUUUUAGUUAAAGCACAUUUUAUUUUGUAUUAAAAAACUAGAAAAAAUAACCUAAGUUAAAAUGCAUCACAGUAAUAUUUAACAGUGUUUAACUUUGUUACCUUGGAAAUUUAUUGCAAAUCAAAAACUUGGUAACUUUUACUAUAGUUAAUAGUUUUGUAUGGAAGAGCUGAAACAUGUAAUUCUAGUUUGAUUUUAUUAAUGUUUACCAUUAUAUGUAAUUGGUGUAAUUCAGUGCUAAUUGUUUUGUGAUAUAUGAAGUACUGUGUACUAUAUAUUUUUUUUUAUUAUUAUAAGAACACAUAAUGUCAGCUGAUUUUAACUAAUAGUCUAGUAUAAUAUGUUGACCAUGCAUUAUGAUUGAUUGUAUAGUUACAAAAUUUUCAAGUGUUACUUUAUCAUUUUACUGUCUUUUCCUAGACUUGCUACUCUGUAGUAAUUUGUUACUCAGUCAAGGUUUCUCUGUAGGAUGAGGACAGAGCUUAAAAUAGCAAAAACUAUUAAAUAAAGAUCUCAAAUAUUUGAAUUUUGUAUUUCUAGAUGUCUACGAUUAAAGCAUCAACAAUAUCUUAGA